AUAAUGAUAUGCAGACGCAUAAAUGAUUAAUACAAUCAAGUGUGAGACUAGAUAAAGCUAUCGAUAAAUUGAACUGACACAGAAUCGGUCGGCACAACUCUCGCAGAGCUUUAACGUUUGUGAUUCCAGUAUAACACACUUUGAGAGCGCUGCUUUUGAAGAGACGGAAUUGAAAACGGGAGACGAUGAAGUUCGCGGUAAUAUCGGUGACUAUUUUCACCCUUCUUUGGGGAUCUCAUUCAAGUCUGAGCAAGGAAAUCGAGGGGUUAUUUCCACGAGUCGUCACACCACUUGGAGAAAUCGAAGGGUAUUAUAAGAUUUCUAAUAGCGGUCGGCGAUACGAAGCCUACGAGGGAAUUCCCUACGCCGAGACACCGAUUGGAGAAUUAAGGUUCAGGAUCGCAAAAUGCAUCUCACCAUGGCCGGGAGUCCUGAUGGCGAAACGAUUUGGACCCCCCUGUUUGCAGUAUAAUCAUUUAGUCGGCAAUGAUACUAACAGGAUCCGCGGCUCCGAGGACUGUCUUUACAUGAAUAUUUACACCACGAUUGCGGAUGACGAUCGGUACAAAAUAAACAUCGAGUCAAGCCAACUGCUUCCGGUUGUAUUCUUCAUUCAUGGAGGUGCAUUUCAAUACGGAAGCGGGUCCGAUUACAGAUCCAAGUAUUUACUCGAUAGGGAGGUCACCCUGGUUACCUUUAAUUACAGACUAGGACCGUUCGGUUUUCUGAGUACGAAGGACGCGACGGUCCCUGGAAAUAUGGGGCUCAAGGAUCAGGCAAUUGCGCUACGCUGGGUCGCCGAUAACAUUCGGCACUUCGGCGGGGAUCCAUCUAGGAUUACGAUUAUCGGUCAGAGCGCCGGGGGAGCUAGUGUGCAUUACCAUUACCUGACGAAUCUCAGCGCAGGCUUGUUUAGGGGCGGAAUGUCACUGAGCGGGACUGCAUUGGAUUGUUGGACGCAGACAGAAGGAGCUCUGCAAAAGACGAAGAAACUUGCAACAAUCGUUGGAUGUCCAUCGGAAGAUGUUCCAGCAAUGGUGGACUGUCUGAGAACUCGACCAGCUCAUCAGAUCGUCAAAGCUGUCGGAGAUUUUAUGCCGUGGCUCUACAACCCUUAUUCUCCCUUUGGACCAGUGGUCGAGAAAGGCGGCAGCGAGUUUACGUUCCUCGAUAGGUCUCCCAUUGAAAUAAUAAAUUCUGGUCAAGUGCAGGACGUUCCAUGGAUCACGAGUAUUACAAGCGAGGAGGGCCUUUACCCAGCUGCUGAUUUUGUGGCCAGUGAAAAGCUCCUCAAACAAUUGAACGACAACUGGGAAUCAAUCGCGCCUCAUCUACUCGACUUCAAUUAUACGGUUCCAAAAUCUGAUCGGUCACAUGCUGCUAGACUAAUUAAGCAACAUUAUUUGGGAACAAGACCAAUCGACAAAUCUACUGUCAAGGAAAUCAUACAAAUGGUUGGUGAUCGCUUGUUUGUGUACAAUGGCAUCGAGGCUGCAAGACUUCAAGCUCGGGUCAACCAAAGUCCUGUACGAUUUUAUUAUUUUUCGUACAGAGGAGCUCACAGUUUGAGUGAAUCGAUGAGUCGCAGUACUAAGGACUUUGGAGUCUCUCACGGUGAUGAUCUUGCAUACGUAAUGCAAUCGUUCUUCGAUCCCACAACCACACAAAACGAUCGGGAUAUGCAAGAGAAGCUUCUUGAUCUCUGGGUAUCUUAUGCCACGGAAGGUGUUCCUAAUGUUGGUGUCGAAUGGCCCAACUUAAGCAAAUCAACAGACGGAUUUCCUUAUCUGUAUAUUACAGGACCAAAAGAAUUCAGCGUGAGGUACACACCGAACUAUGGAGAAAAGAAAUUUUGGGAUAGCAUCAAUUUUCGUGAAAAUGUAAUGCGUUCAAAAGAUUAUAAGGAUCAGAAGAAAAUCGAGUUGUAAAGUUAUGCUUAGCGGGAGCUUCAUAUUCAAUAUGCAAAACUCUUUGAAUGCCAUUGACAUUUAGUUUGUUUAAACCUAUUUGCGA